CCUCCUAAGGCCCACAGACCUCUUUGUGCGCGGAGGACCUAGACUCUAUGGUAGGUGAUGAAGAGCGGUCUGUAGUCUGUCGGCGCUUGCGUGCUGCGAGGUGGUUCCGCAUGCGCGGUAGGGUUGAGCGAAGCGCACGCUGAAGAGAGUCGGCGGCUGCUGCGGGUGGAUCAAGUCAGUUCUCUCUGAUUGAAGAGCGCGGCGCGGGGCCCCAGUGCGGGAUCCAUAUACAUACCUCAGAAUGCCGGGUCUGAGUUGUAGAUUUUAUCAGCACAAAUUUCCUGAGGUGGAAGAUGUAGUGAUGGUGAAUGUGAGGUCCAUUGCUGAAAUGGGAGCCUAUGUCAGCUUGCUGGAAUACAACAACAUCGAAGGCAUGAUUCUUCUUAGUGAGCUCUCCAGAAGGCGUAUCCGUUCUAUAAAUAAACUCAUCCGAAUUGGCAGGAAUGAAUGUGUGGUUGUCAUUAGAGUGGACAAAGAAAAAGGAUAUAUUGAUUUAUCAAAAAGAAGAGUUUCUCCAGAGGAAGCAAUCAAAUGUGAAGAUAAAUUCACAAAAUCCAAAACUGUUUACAGCAUUCUUCGUCAUGUUGCUGAGGUGUUGGAAUACACCAAGGAUGAGCAGCUGGAAAGCCUGUUCCAGAGGACUGCCUGGGUCUUUGAUGACAAGUACAAGAGACCAGGAUAUGGUGCCUAUGAUGCAUUUAAGCAUGCAGUCUCAGACCCAUCUAUUUUGGAUAGCUUAGACUUGAAUGAAGAUGAACGGGAAGUACUCAUUAACAAUAUUAAUAGGCGUUUGACCCCACAGGCUGUCAAAAUUCGAGCAGAUAUCGAAGUGGCUUGUUAUGGUUAUGAAGGCAUUGAUGCUGUGAAAGAAGCCUUGAGAGCAGGUUUGAAUUGUUCUACAGAAACCAUGCCCAUCAAGAUUAAUCUAAUAGCUCCUCCUCGGUAUGUAAUGACUACAACCACCCUGGAGAGAACAGAAGGUCUCUCUGUCCUUAAUCAAGCUAUGGCUGUUAUAAAAGAAAAGAUUGAGGAAAAGAGGGGUGUUUUCAAUGUUCAAAUGGAGCCCAAAGUGGUUACAGAUACAGAUGAGACCGAACUUGCAAGGCAGCUGGAGAGGCUUGAGAGAGAAAAUGCAGAAGUGGAUGGAGAUGAUGAUGCAGAGGAAAUGGAAGCCAAAGCUGAAGAUUAACUUUAUGGGGAACAGAGUCCAGUUUAAGGAACACAAAGCAGCCUUCCUGGCUGUAAACCCUAGACUUGAAAGUUUUCCAGUAUUGAAAACUUCAAAGCUGAAUAUUUUUUAUUUCUAAGUAUUUAAAUGUUCUGACAGACCAAAACGUGAAAUGCCCUCCUAAAUGUCAGCUGUUUUCACACAGUAGCUCCAACACAUUGAGCAUUUUUUAAAGGAGUGGCCUGAUUUCACUAGACAAAUCUUUAAAAACAGUCAUAAAAUUGGGCUCGUGAUUUCCAUUUUUGAUGUCUCCAGAUUGGCACCCCUUUGUAGUUCAGUGCCUCCAUGAAAUUUACCGGGGCAUCCAAAGCAGAUAGUCCCAACCUUUCUAUAUAAAAUGUAUCAAACAAACAUUAAAUAAAUUUCUGGGAUAUUUAA